AUGGUAGAUACCGAAAGGCCUGAAGUUAUCCAACGACUCCCUCACCCAUGGCCAUACACAUUCCCUUCAGAAGAUACCGCUCACUCCCAACUGUCAGAUGACUCCGAGCCUGGUUGCCCAGAUGACUUGGAAGCUUUUGCUAAGCAGUUCAAACAACGAAGAAUAAAGCUAGGGUAUACUCAAGCGGAUGUCGGUUUGGCAUUGGGUACGCUGUAUGGGAAUGUGUUUUCUCAGACGACGAUUUGCCGAUUCGAAGCGCUCCAAUUGUCGUUCAAGAACAUGUGCAAACUGAAGCCACUUUUGUUCAAAUGGCUUGAAGAAGCUGACUCCACCUCCGCUAGUCCUAACUCUGCUUUUGAGAAAAUGACCGGGCAAGGCGGAAGGAAAAGGAAGAAGAGGACAAGCAUCGAGGUGAAUGUGAAGUCUCGCCUGGAGUACCAUUUCCAAAAGAACCACAAACCAAAUGCACAGGAGAUUUUGCAAGUUGCGAAUGAGCUUGGAUUAGACAAAGAGGUGGUCCGUGUAUGGUUUUGCAAUCGACGGCAAAAGGAGAAGCGAAUGACUCCGCAAUUCGACCAGCAGAUGAUGAUCACAAGCCCAUAUCCGCCGACAGACAUCUUCUCCUAUCCGACCGGGCUGCCGAUCAACCCGUCGCAGUUUGAGUUGCGAACAGGCUCCGGUUCAGCUUGA